AUGUGCCGUGAUUACGCCUCACCUCCUAACGUGGCACGGUUUCCGAAGUUCAUCGACCCCGAAAGGGAUGGUCGAAGUGAUCUUCACUUCGUAUCAGAAUUCCCGGCGGCGAUAAAGUACCGCCGAACUCUGAGAACUUUCGUCCCGCCAAAAACGCCGGACGCGAGUUCAUUUCGGGGAAGAACGCGACACGACGCGGUGUCAAAUGAUGUACGCGUAUUUCCUGUUUGCGCGCGAAUGGGGUUAUCCGGCGUCGCUUUCGCCCGAGAUAGGGCGGCGCGCAUAGCCGCCGCGCCGGCGGUGUUUUUCUACGGUGGAAUAGUUAACCCACGUACGCAAUUGAGCACCGACCGGGGCGGAGGUGUGUGCGUGAGCGCCGAGAGCGACGCCCGCGUCCGCCGAAACGGAGGCGGAAUAUUUAGGAAGUGCUCCGCCACCGACGCCCUGACCGCGUACAGUGCCCGCUCCGUUGAGCUAUGCUCACAGUCGGUGUGUCCA